AUGGUUGAGGAGUUUGGCUCAUUUGCUCUUCUGACAGAACCGGGGAAGUGUUGGGAGGAUGUCAUGAUGGGGACACCUCCAGGAGUGAAGCUGGUUUUGUUCAUCUUUAUUUUCAACAUCGUGCAAGACGAGGACAAGACUCAAGUUUCCGCUGCUUACGUGUGCGACCCGGGAUGGCAGCAGUUCGGCACCAGCUGUUUUCAGAUCCACAACUCUCCCCUGAGAACCCACGCUGACGCAAAGGCCGUCUGUAGCGCGGACGGGAGUCUGGCCAUGCCGAAGGACCGGGACACUAACGACUUCCUGGUCGGCUUGAUCAGGGACACGGACCAGAGCGUCGGCACGUGGAUCGGACUCAGGUAUGACGUGGAGGGGACGUGGAGUGACGGCACGGCGUUCCAGCCCGGGGUGUACAGCAACUGGGGAGACGGGGAACCAAACGGGGACGGGCACUGCGUCCACUUCUUCCCGUCCUCAUCCCCCGACGGCUAUAAGGAGAGGUGGAACGAUAACUCAUGUGACGAGACACUCAUGUUCAUCUGCCAGAAGGAAGCGCAAGACGAGGACCAGACUCCGGUUCCCACUAAUUACGUUUGCGACCCGGAAUGGCAGCAGUUCGGCUCCAGCUGCUUCCAGAUCCACAACUCCCCCCUCAGAACCUACCCGGACGCCGAGGCCGUCUGCAGCGCGGACGGAAGUCUGGCGAUGCCGAAGGACCGGGACACUAACGACUUCCUGGUCAGCAUGAUCAGGGACACGGACACGUCUAUGGACACGUGGAUCGGACUCAGAGUGGACCAGUGGAUGUGGAGUGACGGCACGAUGUUCCAGCCUGCAGUUUACAGCAACUGGGCGGACGGAGAACCGUCCGCUGAUGGGAACUGCGUCCACUACUUCCCAUCCUCAUUCCCCGACCAUCUGAAGGAGAAGUGGAACGACGCUUCAUGUGACGUCACAUUCAUGUUCAUCUGCCAGAAGGAAGGUACCGAAUCCUUGUGGCAACAGAUCGGUGGAGGGCUGAAGUCCGUGUCGGUGGGUCGAGCAGGAGUGUGGGGAGUGAGCGGUACCGGCCAGGUGUUAUGCCGAAUUGGUACAUACGAGAACGAAACGUCUCCAGGCACGGGCUGGGCUGGCAUCCCUGGCGGACUGGAUCAGGUCUCAUCCGGGAUCAACAUCGUCUGGGGGUUCAACGUCCACAACGAUGUCUUUGUCCGAUCAGGCAUAAGUGCCGGUUCUCCUGGAGGCUCCGGCUGGACCACUGUUCCGGGAAAGCUGAGACAGGUGUCCGUCAGCUCCAGUAGUAACCAGGUGUGGGGCAUUGACCCCGCAGGUAACGUCUUACGGCGAACUGGGAUCACUCAAGACAAUCCUACAGGAACAGACUGGCAGCAGAUCCCAUCGGACCUGGGCCUGGACCUGGAGUCCGUAUCGGUCGGACGAGCCGGCGUUUGGGGCGUGAACAGUAACUACCAGAUCUUCUACCGUACGGGAACGGCGGGAAACGAGACCUCACCCGGAACCGCCUGGCUACCCGUCAGCGGCGGGUUGGCACAAAUCUCUUCUGGAGAUGGGGAGGUCUGGGGCGCCGACGUGAACAACUAUGUCUUCGUGCGACGCGGUAUAAGUGCUGGCACACCAGAAGGCACUAGCUGGGAGUAUAUCGAGGGGAACAUGAGAGAAGUGCACAUCAGCGCCAGCAGUAACCAAGUGUGGGGCGUGGACACAACCGGCAACGUCUUCCGGCGACUCGGACAGCAGCCACCAACGCAAGCCAUCAGCACCAGCAGUAACCAAGUGUGGGGCGUGGACACAGCCCAGCAUGUCUACCGGCGACUCGGGCAGCAGCCACCAAUGCAAGGUGCCAAUGGUGGCCUGGGGAAGCCGGCGUUUCAGACCAGCACCUUGGAUGACUAUGAGGCCAGCCGGGCCGUGGAUGGGAUCGCCGAUACCGACCUGAACCACGGGUCCUGUGCCGUCUCCCGUGUGGAGGAGGAACCCGUCUGGUGGGUGGAUCUCGGCCAGUCGUAUGUGGUGGAAAGGGUGGUCAUCUUUAACCGCCAGGACUGUUGCGCUGAACGACUCAACCCCUUCCAUAUCAACAUCGGGGAUACCCCCGAAACGAGCACCCAGUGUGGAGGUGACCACCAGAUCAGCCUGACCGAGCCGUCCAUUUCCGUCUCCUGUCCGGGGAUGCAGGGACGCCUUGUUGCCGUAAUUCUUCCUGGAACCUCUCGAACUCUGAGCCUGUGUGAAGUUCAUGUAUUUGCUGUGGUCAUCUUUAACCGCCAGGACUGUUGUUCUGAACAACUCAACCCCUUCAACAUCCACAUCGGGGAUUCAUACGAGAUGGACGCGAACCCCAUGUGUGGAGGUGACCAUCACAUCGGCCUGACCCAGCCGUCCAUUUCCGUCUCCUGUCCGGGCAUGCAGGGACAGUUUGUUGUCAUACUUCUUCCUGGAACCUUCCGAAUACUGAGCCUGUGUGAGGUCCAAGUAUUUUUAGACGUAAAUCUCGCCCUGGGGAAGACAACGUUUAUGACCAGCGGCCCGGAUUCGAGCCUGGCCGUGGACGGGAACACCGAUACCACCCACUCCCGUGGUUCCUGUAUACACACCUAUGCCCAGGGAGAGCCUAACCCCACCUGGUGGGUGGAUCUCGGCCAAUCGUAUGGGGUUGGAAGAGUGGUCAUCUUUAACCGCAUGGACUGUUGCUCCGAACGACUCAACCCCUUCAACAUCCACAUCGGGGAUUCCGAACAGGUCAGCACGAACCCCCAGUGUGGAGGUGACCAUCACAUCGUCUUGACCGAGCCGUCCAUUUCCGUCUCCUGUCCGGGGAUGCUGGGACGCUAUGUGGCCGUGCGUCUUCCCGGAUCCUCCCGAGUACUGAGCGUGUGUGAAGUCCUAGUAUUUUCUGUCUAUAGUUAUAAACUAAAAUGUCACUACCACCUUAAGCUGAUUGACUUUGCCUUUACUAGGUCCAGCCCCGACCGCCCCCUGGCCUACUACAAUGGCUAG